CAACUAUCACAUCCAACAGCUAAUUUCACUCAAAAACUUUACAUUCAUCAUCUUCCUCCUCAUCAUAUCUCAAAGAUAAAGACUCUCUCUCACACCCUAGCCGAAAAAGAGAGAAAUAUUUCUAUUCCCAUUUUGCCCCUAACUAAAAAUGGUGGAAGCUCAGUCAUGGACAACGCGGCGGAUGAGCAACCCGAGAUUCGACUCCGCCGCAACCGCCCCACAAACAAUCCUCGACAUCCCCGAAACACCUCCUCACUCCUCCACAGGAAAACCUUUCUCCCUCUCCUCCCCCACCCUAUCUCCGACCAUCCUCACGGCGGCGAUCAUCGCCGCCUGGUUCGGCUCCAACAUAGGAGUCCUCCUCCUAAACAAAUACCUCCUCUUCUACUACGGUUUCCGCUACCCAAUCUUCCUGACCAUGACGCACAUGCUCUCCUGCGCUGCCUACAGCUCCGCCGUGAUCAACAUCGCCGGCGUCGUGCCGCGUCAGCACAUUCUCUCCCGCCGUCAGUUUUUGAAGAUUCUUUCUCUCUCGGCGAUCUUUUGUCUCUCCGUCGUGUGCGGCAACACUUCGCUGCGUUACAUUCCUGUAUCUUUUAAUCAAGCGAUCGGAGCCACCACGCCGUUCUUCACCGCAGUGUUCUCUUUUCUCAUUAUGUGUAAGACGGAGUCCACCGAAGUUUACUUGGCUCUCCUUCCUGUUGUCUCCGGCAUCGUUUUAGCUUCUAACUCUGAACCUUCGUUUCAUCUUUUUGGUUUUCUCAUUUGCGUCGCUUCCACCGCUGGUAGAGCUCUUAAAUCCGUCGUCCAGGGGAUUAUACUGACGUCAGAAUCGGAGAAGCUGCAUUCAAUGAAUCUUUUGCUCUACAUGGCUCCAAUGGCAGCUUGUAUCUUACUACCAUUUACACUCUACAUUGAAGGAAACGUGUUAAGGAUUCUAAUAGAGAAGGCGAGGACGGAUCCACUGAUCAUCUCCUUGCUCGCGGGGAAUGCGACAGUGGCGUAUUUAGUAAACUUGACGAACUUCUUGGUGACAAAGCACACAAGUGCUCUCACUUUGCAGGUUUUGGGCAAUGGAAAAGCUGCGGUGGCUGCCGGGGUUUCGGUUUUGAUAUUUAGGAAUCCGGUGACGGUGAUGGGUGUUGCUGGAUUCGGAGUCACGAUUAUGGGAGUGGUUCUCUACAGCGAAGCUAGGAAGAGGUCCAAGUUGCUUAACCAGAAGUGAAAGUGUGGGAAAAGAGACCGGAUCUAAACCGGUUAAGUUAUUUUUAAUUUUACUAUAUCUUUCGGUUUAAGUUUCUUGAUUCUUUGGAAUUCUGAUAUUGUUUUGAGCCGGUUUGAGA